AUGGGGGGAUUAAAUGAGAAGAGCUUCUUGGAGGGUCUUUGCCCCCAUCCUCUUUUCUACGGCUUUGUUUGCCACCUAGCCUGCUGAAGAGUUCUGCAGAACUUGAAAGCUUGCAAGAGCCCUGCUGGAUCAGGUCAAUGGCCCACUUAGUCGAACAUCCUGUUCUCACUGUGGUCACCCAGAUGCUUAUGGGAAACCUGCAAGAGGAACCUGAGUGUGGUCGCAAGCUCCCCAUUUGUGAUUUCCGGCAAUUGGCAUUCACAGGAAACCUGCCUUUGAGGGCUGAGGUGUAGAACACUGGGAUUGACCUAAUAAUGGUAUUAUUUGGAGGAAAAAAUAAAUCUCCUUCCCUCCUGGUUCCCACAAUUAGGGUUUCACCCUCCUCCACACCUUGUCUUCCAUUGGGCCUGUAUAAAUGCUUUUUAUAGUGGGGAAAAAUAAUUUUAAAAAGAACCACGUUACAAACGUGUAAUUUAUUUGCCUACAUUCCCGGGUGCCCUAGAUGACACACAAAGGGGGUAUGUAUGGCCCCAAAGGACAACGGUUCCUCCAUCCUCAUCAACUCUUACUUUUGAGAUGGUUCCUUUCAGUCUUCCACUUACUUCGGUUCCCACUGCCAACUUCAGAAAUGUUGGAGAGUUGAGAGAAGAAACUCGCUAAAUGAAAACAGAUCUACUGGAAAUGAACACAACAAACUGAUUGGGAAAGAGGAAGCAGGACUGAGCCAGGAUUGGAAGUGGAAUUCCUCGCUGAAUCCAGAUUUUCAGCAACGUUGUGCAGUGAUAUCUUUCCUUCUUCUGCAAUGUUCUGUGGUGUUGGAGGAUUCUAGAAUAUGGAACAUCAUAUAAAACAAAAUGGGGAGGGGAGGCGGAUGUCUGGUGUUUCUAAGUGGAGAACAAAGAAAGCAAAGAAACUGAUCAGGUGUGAUCAAGAGGCGGGAGCAAGCUAAGGACUUUAGAAAAGGGACAUGAUGUGCCUCCACCCGUCUCCGCAUAGGUGGUAGGGUUGGGUUUGAAUGUGAUUCAGAUCCCUGCUCAGCCACGAAGCUCACUGGGUGGCCCUGGCAAAUUGUAACCCUGCAGCACUAUUAUGAGGAUACGAUUUGAGUUACUGUAAGCUGCUUUGGGCACUUGCUGGUAACACUGGCUAUCAGCUGAAUCAGUUGAAGGAUCCCAGAAAUCUGAGCACAAAAGUUGGCUCCAGAUUCUCUGAGUGCCUUACGUCAGUUCAAGUCCACCAUCUUUGAAAUCGUUUGCUCUUUGGAUUGAAAUUUGCAACUGCAGCUCAUAACGGGGCAUUGUAAUGGAGCUUUCCCUCAAGAAAAAAAACAACACAUUUUAUUUUGAAACACAUUGCUCUAAUUAUGCAUACUUCGGUGCUAUCUGGUCAGAUUUUUUAAAUAGAUUUUUAAAGGCAUAAUGGUAUAUUUUCAGCUCUUGACGAAGCAUUUCUCAGUCAUCCUGCCAGCACCUCCUGGACAAUAGGGGAUUAUUAUUGUCCCCAUUUUGCAGAAGAGGAAACUGAGGCCAACAAUAGUGACUCAACAGAUUCACCAGGUGAACCAAUGGCCGAUGUGGGACGUGAUCCCAGGUCCACAGUGAACGUGCUCUGUACCAGCUGACAGUGUUUGCCAGGUGUAACUCUCGAGUCAAAUUUCUUUGACAUCAGAAGUCACCCCAUCACUUCAGCGCAGGGAUGCAGCCGCAGUGUGUCAGAUCUAAGAGGCACUUAUGCCUUGUAAUAACAAUGUGUUGGCUAUUGCUCACAGUUCAGUUCCCCGAACCAUACAACAUGGUGCUUAAGCCCUUUGUCAGAGGGAGCAGGCAGCCUGCCACAGAAACUCCCAUCUACAAUAGUUACCUUUGUCCUCAGUUUAACAAUACUCAGAUUCCUUUGUUUUGACAACUGAUCUAACAAACGAUUUAGACCAAAGGCUGAUACAGAAGCUUUUUCAGAAUACUUGGUGCAGAAAACAAUUCCCUUUUAUGGGAAUAAUCUCGCUUUUGGAAAUGUCCUGCUCUUGGGGUUUUUGCACCCCUAUUCUUCAAGCCAGAUACAUUUAUAUCCACCAGGUUCUUUGUGUGACCAUUGCACUUCAAGGCGCACGAGGGGAUCGUUUCACUUCAAAGCAUGAGUGAAUAUUUCUCUUUCUGAAUCACGAAACCUGGCUUCCAAAGGAAUCUUUGUAAUGUUUUAAAAACUUGGUAUUCUUUUGUACUGCAAAGGAACAGAACUAUCACUAAAUUAUCUAAGAGACGAUCAUAAAAUGCACAUUUCCUUAUCAUCAAGCUACACGUACAGUACAAUGUGGGAAGUACAUUGUGGGUUGUUGUUUAUUUUAAAAUAAAAGAUCAUUCCUUAAUUCUCCUAAUGCCCAGUGCUUUAGAUAUACAUAAGUGCUUAUUUCCAUGCACUGUCCUGAAACACUGAGUACAGUUAAGUAUUUCCAAAUCUGGACUUUAAUAACUGCGGCUUUUUUUGGUCUGUAGCUAAGGUCACAGCCGCACCAUACAUUAAAAAAAAAUCCUGGGAGCUUUAGUUUAGCCCUCAGAGAACUAUACUUCCCAGAACCAUUAACAAACUUCCCUGAUUCUUUGUCAGGGAAGCCAUGUGCUUUAAAUGCAUGGCAUGGAUAUGAUCUAAGUUUCUACGUGUACCCAAUAUUGUCCUGAUCAACCUUCAAGAGACAAUCAAAGUCCUACUCUUCCCAUUCCAAAUGGCAGCUGCCAAGCUCUGUUGCCACAGAAGCCUUCCUCCCCAUCUCUCUCCUGCCUCUAACACUAACAAAUGUUGUGUCAAAUGUUUUAUAUAUUUAUUUUUGUAAACUGCUUAGAGGGUCUAUUUACAAGCAAGGGGCAUAUCCAUUUUGUAGAAAUAAAAUCAUUGUAGACAUGUCCUGGGAGCACCAGAAUCAACACCAAGUUACCAUGGUUGUUCAGAAGACUAGUAGAGUAGAGAAAACAGUGCUGCAUUGUGAUUGGCCAGCAUUGCCACUUAUUUGGCCAAUAUGUACCUUUCCUGUGGUUAGCUGAGCAUCUUUCUAGACCAGUGCCAGUCUGCCAUCUGUUUCAUUUUGGUCUAGGGAGGCAAUUUCUGCUGUUGGAUGGGAAACUCUCUUUUUUCAAGAGCCAACAGAAUAUUGCCUGGUGGGUAGCAAGAUGAUAUUUUCUCCUGUUUCUUCUGGGUGAGAGAGACUGAGAAUGGCAUCUUCCCCACAGCAGGAAGAGCAGGAUUCCCAUCCUUGCAGCCACUUGCCUUCUGGUGUUGCAGAAAGUGAGAAGGAAAUUAUUUGGUCUCCUCUAGACUGUCGGUAUUCUGCAAGAAGGAUUCAAUCACAUGCCGGAAAUUAAAUCGCUCUGUAGAAACAAACCCACUUAAAAGCAAAGCAAGGUUGUUGGUUGUUUUUAAUUUUGUUUUUUUGCAACUAGGAAAGUGCUGGGGAAAUGCACUAAAAAGUGGAGAAUAGAUGAUUGAUUGAUUGAUUGAUUGAUUGAUGGGGAGAUGUGUAAACUCUGUGCAAGCAAAUUGGGAUGAAUGCUCGUUGUCAUAUUACCUCCCUACAAGCAAAUCAGGAUGCACCCUAUAUCUUUAAAGCACAUUCAAAACACUUUCUUUUUCUCAAAGAAUUAUGGGCACUGUAGUUUGCUUCUCACCUGCCCACACUUGAUGUCAUCUAUGUUGUCAGCUGUGGGGCAGUUAAAGGUUCCUGCUAUUCUCCUUCCUCAGUGCUUCCUAAACCUAUCAGUUGACCUAUUGGUCUUUGGACACUUUAUACAACAUUCUGAUUGGCUGCACAAAGUUUGUGGGGAGUUCAUUCAACGCUAUUUAUCAAACAACCAUUUGGAUUUGUUUUCUUGGGUCAGAGCCAUUGAACUCCCACACUACCCAGCUCCUUUCCGCAUCACUUUCCUUACUGCGAAAAGAUCUCGCCCACUCCCGACUUAGCUUUGUUGCACAAAAGUGCCAAGUCCAUUCUGAGUGCCCCACCUGCGCUGACCUCUGUAUCCUACCAGCAGAAGAGCUGCAGAUCGGGACGGGAGCACGCCCUGCGGGAGGGCGUCCCUCAGAUUAAGCACGCGCCGCCGCGUGAAGACAGGGCUUCCUUCCCGCGGGAGAGCCCGGGCGCUUCUUCCUCUGCGCGCCCCGUCGGGGCUGUGGCCCCUUUAAGAGCGCGUAGCGCAGGAGCGCCUAGCCGAGCUUGCGGCGCUCGUAAAGCGGCCGCUGGCUGGACGAGGAAGCGGCGCCUGCUCUUUAGGCGAACGAGAAGACGCCGCUGCAGCGCUAGCAGCAGCCCGCAGGCUCCGCCGCCCCUUUCCCUUGCCUGGUGCACUUGGGCGUCCAGGGAGCUUGGCUGGCGGACACGGGAUGGCCGCGCCGGAGCCCUGAGCUCAGCCGUUUGCGGUGAAAGCCAAGUCAGGAGAUGAGAAAAAGCGCUGCUUGAGCUUUUGGAUCAUGAUUGUUAGAUAGCACCCCACAUCACGAUGACCAUGGCUCCCCGAAAAAGGAAUCGUCAUGCUUUGGGGUUCCUUUGCUGCUUUGGGGGCAGUGACUUGCCUGAGAUCAACCUCAAGGACAAUAACCCCCUGCAAUUCUUGGAGUUCUCUGUGCCAAUCCCACCAGCGGAGGAGCUCAAUGCAAGGUUCUCUGAGCUUGUGGAUGAAUUGGAUCUCACCGAUAAGAACAGAGAGGCAAUGUUUGCACUCCCACCAGAGAAGAAAUGGCAGAUUUACUGCAGCAAGAAGAAGGAGCAAGAAGACCCUAAUAAGCUUGCUACAAGUUGGCCGGACUAUUACAUUGACCGCAUCAACUCCAUGGCUGCAAUGCAGACCUUGUAUGCAUUUGAUGAAGAAGAAACGGAAAUGAGGAAUAAAAUAGUUGAAGACUUGAAGACAGCUCUGAGGACUCAGCCCAUGAGGUUUGUGACGAGAUUUAUUGAGUUGGAUGGCCUGACCUGCUUGCUGAACUUCCUGAAGAGCAUGGACUAUGAGACAUCCGAGAGCCGCAUACACACAUCCGUUAUAGGGUGUAUCAAGGCUCUGAUGAACAACUCCCAGGGACGGGCACAUGUCCUGGCCCAUCCAGAAAGCAUCAAUAUAAUCUCUCAGAGUUUACGGACUGAGAACAUAAAAACCAAGAUUGCUGUGCUGGAGAUCCUCGGGGCAGUUUGCCUAGUGCCUGGAGGUCACAAGAAGGUUCUACAGGCCAUGCUUCACUACCAGGUUUAUGCAGCAGAGAGGACAAGAUUCCAGUCAUUACUCAAUGAGCUCGACCGGAGCCUGGGGCGAUAUCGAGAUGAAGUGAAUCUCAAAACUGCCAUCAUGUCCUUUAUUAAUGCUGUUUUGAAUGCAGGUACUGGUGAGGACAAUUUGGAAUUUCGAUUGCACCUUCGAUAUGAGUUUUUAAUGCUGGGCAUUCAACCUGUUAUUGACAAGCUCAGAGGACAUGAAAAUGCAACGCUGGAUAGGCACUUGGAUUUCUUUGAGAUGGUAAGAAAUGAAGAUGACUUGGAACUUGCAAAGAGGUUUGAAGUGGCACAUAUUGACACAAAGAGCGCCUCGCAGAUGUUUGAGAUGAUCAAGAAGAGGUUGAAGCACACAGAUGCGUAUCCAUAUUUACUAUCUGUACUCCAGCACUGCUUGCAAAUGCCUUAUAAACGAAAUGGGGGGACAUUUCAACAAUGGCAGCUGUUAGACAGGAUACUGCAGCAAAUUGUUCUUCAGGAUGAGCGAGGGGAUGAUCCUGAUAUAGCUCCUUUGGAGAACUUCAAUGUCAAGAACAUCAUUAAAAUGUUGGUAAAUGAGAAUGAAGUGAAACAGUGGAGAGAUCAGGCGGAGAAAUUCCGAAAAGAGCAUGCUGAGCUGAUGAGUAGGCUAGAGAAGAAAGAAAGGGAAUGUGAGAUAAAGACCCAGGAGAAAGAUGAAAUGAUGAAGACGCUGAAUAAAAUGAAGGACAAACUGCAAAAGGAAUCUCUGGAGCUACGUCAAACCCGGGACCAAAUGACCGACCUUGUAACACAACUCAAUGAGUUCUCGCAAGGGGGCAGCAUUUCCUUCCCUCCCCCUCCUCAGCUACCUCCUGGUGGCCCGUUUGCCUCUUCUCUACAAGCUCCGGAGGUUUUGCCGCCACCUCCGCCGCCACUUCCGUUCUCCAGCUGCCCCCCUCCGCCCGCUCCUCCUCCUCCCCCAGGAGGACCUCCUCCACCUCCCGGAGCACCACCUUUCUUUAACAUGGGCAUGCCUCCCCUUUCCUCCACCACCACCUUCAGUGGCACUGGGCCCAGUCUGAAGAAGAAAUCAACCCCACAGCCGUCUCAUCCACUGAAGUCCUUCAACUGGGCCAAGCUGAGUGAGGAGAAGAUACAUGGCACAAUCUGGCAUGAAAUUGAUGAUUUAAGGGCUUUCAAGAUGCUGGACUUGGAGGAUUUUGAAAAAAUGUUCUCCGCUUAUCAGAGACACCAGGACCUGCUAACUAACCCUCCUUCUUCCUGUAAGCAGAAGGAAAUGGGAUCAACCGAAGAUUUGUACCUGUCCACCCGAAAGGUCAAAGAGCUUUCUGUGAUCGAUGGCCGGAGAGCACAGAACUGUGUCAUCCUCCUUUCCAAGUUGAAGCUGUCCAAUGAGGAAAUCCGACAAGCAAUCUUGAAGAUGGAUGAAGAAGAAGAUCUUGCUAAAGAUAUGCUGGAACAGCUCCUGAAGUUUGUCCCAGAGAAGAGUGAUAUUGAUCUGCUGGAGGAACACAAGCAUGAAAUUGACCGCAUGGCUCGGGCAGACCGUUUUCUUUAUGAAAUGAGCAGGAUCGACCACUACCAGCAGCGGCUUCAAGCAUUAUUCUUUAAGAAGAAGUUCCCAGAGAGGCUUGCAGAAGCGAAACCCAAAGUAGAAGCUCUUCUCCUGGCUUCCAAGGAGCUCACACGUAGUAAGCAGCUGAAGCAGCUCCUGGAAGUCGUUUUAGCCUUUGGCAACUACAUGAACAAGGGCCAAAGAGGAAACGCCUAUGGCUUUAAGGUCUCCAGCCUCAAUAAAAUAGCAGACACCAAAUCUAGCAUAGAUAAGAACAUUACGUUGUUACACUACCUGAUUAUGAUCUUUGAAAAGAACUACCUAGAUAUUCUAGACAUGCAGUCUGAACUACAGCAUCUUCCAGAAGCAGCAAAAGUCAACCUGGUGGAGCUGGAGAAGGAAGUGAACAACAUAAAGACCGGAUUGAAAGCUGUUGAAGCUGAGCUGGACUACCAGAAGAGACGUAUGCGGGAAGCUGGUGAUAGAUUUGUCCCUGUCAUGGGCGACUUCAUCACUGUAGCCAGUUUUAGCUUUUCAGAGCUGGAAGACCUUCUGAACGAUGCAAAGGAUAAGUACGCCAAGGCGCUGAAGCACUUUGGAGAGCAUGAGGGUAGGAUGCAGCCAGAUGAGUUUUUUGGCAUCUUUGACACCUUCCUGCAGUCCUUCACAGAAGCCAAACAAGAUCUGGAGAAUAUGAGGAAGAAGAAAGAGGAGGAGGAGCGGAGGGCACGCAUGGAAGCCAUGCUAAAAGAGCAGAGAGAAAAGGAGCGGCGGCAGAAGAAAGCAAAGGCUGGCAGCGUCUCUGAGGAGGGAGGGGGAGAGUUCGAUGAUCUUGUGUCUGCUCUGAGGUCCGGCGAGGUCUUUGACAAGGACUUAUCAAAGCUCAAGCGCAACCGCAAGCGUUCAGGGAACCAAAACUUGGAGACGAGCCGGGAACGGGCAGUGACAAAGCUCAAUUAUUAAAGGAGGAGGAAGCACAAAGGAAAGGAAAGGACAAAACAAAGACUUAUUGCCACAACAAACGAGUCAAACAAGAUGGCGGAGGCUGGCCAAUAUCUUUGCCCAGGAGACUUGUCUAUCUGGUGGCUUUGUUUACUGUUUCCAGGAUGAACGGGCCUUCCCAUCUUGCUCUCUUCCAUAGCCAUAUAAUCUGGAAUGGUUAUAAAAGUGCCUCUCUACAGCCCAAGGGAUUUGUUUGGUGGACGAGUUUGCUUCUUGACAUUUCCCCUCCCAAGUUCCCCCAGGUCCCAGUGGCGGAACACAAACCAUUGGGCCUUCUGUGCCGAUUAGUUAUGGGGAGAGAGAGAGACUAUGGUUUGCUCUGUGCCAAAGUGUACACUUAAAAAAAAAGUUCUCCAUCUAUCUGAGAAAAUUAACAAUACAUUUUCAGGUUGGUUUGCUGAACCCUCCUGCCCAUCCUAGGCAUCUGUUGUGGAGUGGUUCUACAGCGCUGCAGCUCUGCUCUUCCCCUGGAUUUACAAAAGGCCAUUGGUCGAAGCCUGAAUGAUGUUUUUCAAUCUGGAGAAAUGUUACUUAGUGGCCUAUAUCAUAUAAAGCAAAGCAAGUGAUGCUGCGUCAGCGGAAGUAGAUGGAACUGCUCAUCCGAAGAAGACAGACACAGACUGUUUGCGACACUCCUUGUUUUUUUCAGGAAGCAUGGAUAUUGAGUCUUCAAGGAUGUGCCCAGCCAUGAGAAAGAAUGAGGGAAGGAUGAACCACACUCGGAAGAGCAACCGCAAUGGGUUUCGAGCCAGUUCAGUUGUCAUUGCUGAGCAAUGUGGUAGGGAAAGGGUGGCAAAUAAGAAUGUUCACAGGUGUAAAUCUACAUCAUUUUGUUAGCACAAUAAAAAUGGUUAUUGGGACUGGCAGAGGUAGGAUAUUUUUUCCUUUUUUUAAACCCAGACAAAUGGAGUUUGUCUGAUGGUUGGAAAUGGGAAUCCUCUUUGUGUUGGCAGCCAUAACUCUACUGGGAUGAACUGGAGCUUACACUUUAACAGGCUGGCCUUCUCGGAAGCCCCAGGACUCCCAGAAAGGGCUGCACAAUUUUAAUAGUAGUAGUAGUAAAUAAUAACAACAACAACAACAACAACAACAACACACUGCAUCAGUAAAUCGCUGGGGUGUUUGAGGACUUUUCCAUCUGGAAGGGAGUAAUGGUAGACUCAAAGGUGGCUUACCCCAGUGGACUUCGAAAAGAGCACAUGUAAUUAAUCCAAAAAUAAUUAGUUGUUCCACAGUGGAAACUAUCUAACAUGCACAGCCAGAACAGCGAGAGGGAGCAUACUAAUAUCUUCCUGUUUCAUUGUACCUAUAUGGCUGUAUGGCAAUAGAAGCAUAUAGCGUUAGAGUCCGUAUUUAUCUUAAAGAGGUGAACAGGCUGCCAUCUUCCCUCAAGUGAGCAUAGGAAAAAGAGGCGAGAAAGAGCUGGGUGUUAAGCCUAGCGAUAGAUGGUCAUGCCCAUUUCUGGAAAUGAAUGUGUCAUCUGUGAGUGAGAAGUCCUUGGGACUCUUUGGGAUUCCCAAGAGGCUCAAAUUGUCACUUUACAGAGCAAUCCUAUGACCUCUUUGUGGGUGGGAGAAGCUGUGGAAGAACCACCACAUCUGGCGCUCUGCAGGUUCACUGCAGCCAGGGUGGAAAGUGAGGGGCAGCUUUCCUCCCUGUCUUUUGACCUUCCCCACCUCCAAACUGCGACCUCCGCCAUAACGCCCUGCUCUUGCCCCCACUGCCAGUGGGGAGCCAUUAUGCAAUUUCUGUGGCCACACAGUAGACCUCCGUCUCUGCUGACCCGUGGGCCUCAGCCACCCUCCCAAGAAGCAUAGGAUUGCUUCCCCCUUAUCACCUGCUUUUUGUUUGUAUCAAAGUGUUAUUUAAUUUCAAGCUUAACCUUGAGUUUGUAGAGCAGACGAUGUCUGCAUCUUGAGCACUGCCUGAUCAGUAUUCUAUGCAAACCACAUUAGAAAAUUGUAGAGGGAGGUUGUUGGUCAGAACAUCAGGAACACUAAAUCAGAUAUCUAGGAACAUGCAGAAGAGAGAGAAGCUGCCUUAUUUUAAUGUAGUGAAUUUCUGAAUUUCUCUGUUCAUGACAUUCCAGAAUCCAGCACUUCUGCUUUGACACAGACAGUGAAGAGCCGGUUAAUCUUACAAGGGCUGGAUGCAAUGUGCUCUCUUCUUUACUACUCCUCCCUGUUUUGAAGGGCCUCUCUUUUUUUGAAACAAACCCACUGCAAAUAGACCCAAGCACUUUUUUUAAAAAAGUUCUUUCUAAAAACUUUUCUUUUGGGGUGGGGGGAUUUUACAAACUCAUACUUUUGGGGGUAUUCGCCCCACCUCCAAAGUUGAUGAAAUAGACACUUUUAAAAGAAAAUGUUAUUGCUAUCUCAAGCUUCUUGCUGAGCUCUGUAGUGGAGAUGUAGUACUGUGAUAAUACUGUAUGUAUUGUGGACACAAUGUUGAGACUUAAGCUAUAUGUGCCAUAAAGGUAAAGGUAAAGGUACCCCUGACCAUUAGGUCCAGUCAUCUUGCUCUAUAGGCCGAGGGAGCCGGCGUUAGUCCGCAGACAGCUUCCGGGUCAUGUGGCCAGCAUGACUAGCCACUUCUGGCGAACCAGAGCAGUGCACGGAAACGCCGUUUAUGUGCCAUAGGGGGAGACAAAUUAGUUUAGUUUGCAGAGAAGCCCAAGAUAACACCCCCCCCCAGAAUAUAAACAUUUGUUUUCUUUCAGCACUGUCUUUCCCCACUUGCUUAGUUUCUAAAGACUUUAAGGCCUGCAGAGAGAUUAAUUACAAAGGAUAAAUCCCAAUUCACCAGCUUAGAUUCAUCUGUGACCCUCACCCUGAAUGCGAAAAAAGAGAAUAAUCUGAUCUAUGUUUCUGUUGAUGUGGUUUAGUCUUAUGCUGAUGCCAUUACCAUAACACCCAUUCUUUCUGGUUAUGCAUUGGAGGAGGGCCAGGCUGGAGCCUGCUGGUGGCUCUCUCUGUCAGUGUCCCAUUUCAGAGGGGGCACGCACCCCCUCCAUUUUGGGUGGCAAGGAAGCUUACCUGGUGACAGGCAGCAGCAGGUGGCAUGCAGCAAUCACUUAAAAAUGAAUAAAAGCACAUGCAUUAGACCUGAAUCAGCUUAAAUCCAAAGCAUUUUUCCCCUCUGAAAAAUAAGUUGCAAGUUCUUUAGUCGGGCUGCAGGACCAGUGCUCAGGGAUGAUGAGAGUUGUAGUCCAACAGCACCUGGAGACUAUAACUCCCUUUAGACUAUAAUUCCCAGCAGCUACAGCCAGUGCUGCUGGGGCUCCUGCACGUUGUAGUAUAAAACAAUGGGGAGGCACAAGUUUGGGGAAGUCAGAUCAAGAGAAUGCUUGAAAACACAAAAUCCCAGAGUGCUUUAAUGACUGCAGCUGGACUUUGCAUCUUCUCAAAUCUAGCUCUUCAACUUUUCCUAAUACUUAUGCAUCAUCACUGUUGUUUGUGGUUGACAACAAAUAGAAAACCUACAACAACAUACCGUCUUCUGUAGACUUUGGUUGCAAAGUGUGUCAAUGAUGUUAGGACUGGGCUACCCGGUAUGUGUUCCUAACCCAGGUGGGCGUGCUAAUCCAAAUACAUCGCCAGUUAACAGCGAUGGCAAUACAGUAGCAAUUCAGGUUUAGAAGUCUCCUCUGUUGGUUAGAUCCAAAUGGUUCAUCUCCUUCCAGCCAAUGGAGCAUUUCCCAGGGAAAAAGCAUUCCAAGUUUUGCAAGGGGUAAUAAAAACCAAAGUUUGAGUCCGCUCAUCCCAGAAUCUGCGGGGGUGGGGGGUGGGGGCAUGGCAAGGGCUUAAUGAGAUAUUUCUAAUUUGGAAUACGAUAUUUGCAGGUCUUUUAGAAGUAUUAUGUUUAACAAAGUGAAGGAGAGCAAAGCUAUUGUUCUGCAGAAGAGCUGUGGCUCUCCAUGCCCCCCUCAACUUCUUUGGGCAGACCUUUUUCUUUCUGUCCCCCUCCCCCAAGGUAUAGCCCAAAAGCCAUUGAAAUAGGUUUAUAUCUUAUAUGUUUCCAUGAAGGGACAGGAGAUCGGUUGUACAGUUCUGUUAUGUACAUGAUGUAUGCAGUUCUGGUUUUUUUUAAUGUUCUAAUAAUUAAAAAAUACAAUUUUAGGAAUGUUUUUAGGGGAACCCUGUAAAUGCCACACCUCUAUUUAUUUCGCCUUAUUUUAGUUUGCUAUUUUUGUGUAUACACCGCAUUGCAGCCAUGACUAUUGAGACUGCACCAGUAUAUUUGGAGCAAGCAGAGUUCCAUACUUGGCACAACUCAAGCAGGAUGGGUGAGUGGGCCGGGCUUCCAUUGAAGGAAAGAUGUCAAGCUCAGGAGGCUCUCCCUGCACCACACGUGUUGCAGAAGAAUGAGGAACAGCCUUAGCCAGUGGUCAGGGACAAAGGGAGUUGUGGUCCAAUAACAGUUGGAGGACCACAGAUUCUCCAUCUCAACAGCAAACAACCUUUUUGGGCAACCAUAACACAAAUGAAGUCCAAAGUAUAUGCCACUGCCGGCCCAGCACGCAUAGACAUUUCUCAGUGCCCUUGUGUGUUUUUGCAUCACAAAGCUGAGCUGUAGAAUGGGCAGCAGCGUUAAACAAGGGAAGCGGGUGCCUCCAGGUGUAUCUGCAAAGUCUAUGCAUCUGGUCCCCCCCCCCCAGUAGAAUGAAGAUGUGCACCUUCUGUUUUCCUUAUCUUCUAUGCAACAAUGUCCCUGGCUCAAGGGCUAGUUCCAUGAACACAGCCAGCCAGCUACAUCAAGGGCGAGGGAGCUGUGACCAUCCAGAUGUUGUUAGACUACAAUUACCAUCAUCCUUGACCCCUGGGCCAUGCUGGCUGGGGCUUAUGGAAGGCCAACAUCAUCUGGAGGGCUGCAUGUUCCCCACUACUGAAAUAUGUUAUUCUGGUUUGACUAAUCAAAACCAGUAAUAUAAGUUAGGUUGCCACCACUAUUCUAGCUCAGAAUUUUCAUUUGUAAAGGGAGGAAUUCUACCAUUUUAAGAGGUAACUAAUCUGCCUUACACCAUCUUGUAUAUCAACCUGGCAAGUGCCCCUGCCCAAAAACUGUGUGUGCUUGCAUGUUUUCAUCUUGCUCCUCUAAUGCUUUGGUGUCUCCUCAUUUGUUGGUCAGUUUAAAUGAAAUUAAAUGUACAAAACCUGUAGCAUCCUUUUUAUCUGCACCUUUUUAUAAGAAUAUAAUGUAAUACUAAAAAAAAAAUUAAAGAUAUAUUGCCCCUAUUUUAUUCCA